CGCGGCCCGCAGCCCGCGCCCCGCGCCCCGCGCCCCCAGCCCGCCCCCGGCCUCCUCCGGCGCUUCCUCGCCCUCCUGGCGCUGCCAUGGCGCUCAACAAUUUCCUCUUCGCGCAGUGCGUCUGCUACUUCCUGGCCUUCCUGUUCAGCUUCGUGGUGGUGGUCCCGCUGUCCGAGAACGGCCACGACUUCCGCGGCCGCUGCCUGCUCUUCACCGAGGGCAUGUGGCUGAGCGCCAACCUGACGGUGCAGGAGCGGGAGCGCUUCACCGUGCAGGAGUGGGGCCCGCCGGCCGCCUGCCGCUUCGGCCUGCUCACCAGCCUCCUGUCGCUGCUGCUCGCCGCCGCGCACGCCUGGCGCACGCUCUUUUUCCUCUGCAAAGGACACGAGGGCUCCUUCCUGUACGCCUUCCUGAACCUGCUGGUCAGUGCCUUCGUCGUCUUCCUCGUCUUCAUCGCCAGCACCAUCGUGAGCGUGGGCUUCACCAUGUGGUGCGACGCCGUCACUGAGAAGGGCACCGUGCCCCACAGCUGCGAAGAGCUGCAAGGCGUCGACUUGGAGCUAAACGUGGACAACUCUGCCUUCUACGAUCAGUUUGCGAUUGCCCAGUUUGGCCUCUGGGCCUCGUGGCUGGCCUGGCUGGCCCUCACCGUCCUGGCUUUCCUGAAAGUCUACCACAGCUGUCGGCAGGAGGACCUGCUGGACAGCCUGCUUCACGAGAAGGAGCUGCUGCUGGCCAGGCCGGCCUCCCGGACCUCCUUCCAGGAGGAGAAGAGUGCCGUCAUCUAAUGUCCUCGGGCGGCCCCCAGGUGCCCCCAGCUGCCUGGGGGCACACGGCUUGUCCUGGGGGCGUGGCAGGGGCUCUGCCUGGGCCCCCACCCAGGCCGCAGAGCCUUGCGUGUCUGUCCUGUGUGUAGCCAGCACCUCGACCUCCGCGGUGAGCCCGGCCGCCUGCUGACCUGGUGGGGGCAGCACAGGGGCUGGGCAGCGAGGGCCUCUUCCAGCCUUCCUGCACUUGCCUGAUGGGACCUGGCUGGAGGGCGUCCAGCCUCGCAGACCCCUCUGGCCAUCGGGCUUGCGGUGGUCCACACCGCCCCUGCCCAGGUGUCAUUCUGUGUGUGACUCCAUGGCAGCAGCCCGUGUCCCUGACGGACCCCAGCAGCCCACGAUGGUCACACGUCACUCUUGUUACUUGCUCCUGAGUGGUGUGUGGGCCAAGAACCCCGAGACGGACAGCAGGGGCUCACAUGCGUUGCCCGCCUUCUGGCCCCGGAGGUGGCCCCCCCAGGGCUGCGUCCCCUCUGCUCCCACUCCAGGGCCCCAAGGUUGCCAGGCCUGGUCUCCACAUUGAAACUGCAGUGGCAGUGGUGUCGGCCUGGACUCAGGAGGUGGCUGCGUGGGUGUCCUGGGGAGCGGCUGCAGUGCCCGGUGGUUCCCUCUGUUCUCUGCCGCAGGACUUGCCCGGGGGAGCCCUGUGUAGCCUGACUCCUAGCGGCCCCUGUGCCGUGUUUGUCUCACAGUGUGUGGGCUGGGCCUGCGCUUGGCAGGGACGGAUGGGGCCAGGUGCCACUGCAGGUGUCAGUAUGUACACAUGAGGGUGUGCGUGUGCGAUACUAGUGCACAUGCAGUGAAGGCGUGUGUGCACACGUGAGGCUGCACGGGAAGGGGGGUGUGGGGACGUGUGCAGAGGAGUGUGUGAGAGCACAUGCGUGUAUACGUGCGUGUGGACAUGCCCAGACACGGCUCAUGAGUGUGCUCGUGAGCAUGUGUGUGCACGUGUCUGUGCACGUGUGAGCACAUGUACACGAGCACGCGUGUGCAGAAAUGUACCCGGGCAUGCAUAUGCACAAGCACACAGCACGUGCAUACACAGGUGUGCAUACGAACGUGUGUGCACAGGAAGGUGUGGGCCGUGUCCAGAGCAGGUGAGCACACACGCUGCCCUGCACAGCCCCUCGGGCCGCAUCUUGUGGGGUGCCCCGUGCCCCCACCACCCAGGGCAGGGGGCUGCCUUUCCUUCUGAGGCCCCAAUGCCCAGAGGGCACAAUCCUGCCCACACCACACAGUGGCAGGUGGGGGAGCAGGGGCAUCCAGGAGCCAGGAGCUCAGUGAUGAGCAGCCAGGGGGUCCUGCUUGGCCAUGGACCCCCUCUUCCAAGGGCUUCCUGGCUUCCCCACCUGCACUCAGUCCUCCGUGUCCUAUCCAGGAGUGGGGUACCAGGUGUAAGAGUACCUGCACCCCACCCCAGGGCUCUCUAAGCAAUUUUAACUUCCUGGGCUGGCCCCGCAGCUGCUCCCCACCCUCCAGGGGGAGGAAGACCCCGGCUCCUCACAUCUGUGGCUCUCACCGCCAGUGAGUGCUUUGGUCUCCCUAGUGGGGGCAUGGGGCCUCCAGAGGCCUGGACAGUGGUGCUGGGUGGAGUGGGCAGCCUGGGCCGGGGAAGUGACGUGGCAGGUCACUUGUGGUACUGCUUGGCUGGCGCCUCUUUGGGGGAGGUUGGUGCCAGGUGACUGAGGGUCCCGGCUUGGCAGAGGCGCUCUGCCCCCAGGGCCUGGCCCAGAGUUCCAGGCAGAGCAGUGGGUCUCUUGGGCGUGGUGUUUAACAGAACCUGAGGUCCCCAAGCAGAUCUGGUCACCCGGGCCCUGCCUGCCAGCCCCUGAAGGCCCCUCGUCUGUUCCCAGCAGAGGGUGGAAAGGCUCUGCUUCACCUCCCAUUCAGGCAGCAGCCAGCCAGGCCCAGAAGGAGGGGCAGGGGUAGAACGUGGGCUUCUGGAGCCUAAGGGUCUGCAGAAGCUUUGGGUCCGCACUGGUGCAUCUCCCAGAGCUGGUCUGGGGCGGGUUAGCAGAGAGCUGCGUCCACUUUCCUGCAUGUGUCACUCGCAGAAUGGGCUUUUGCUGACACUUGGGCCUGUCUCAGGCUGGCUGCACGGGCAGCCCCAGACGUCCACACCCUGGGGGCUUCCAGGAAGGGAAGAGGGUGUCAGGACAGGAACUGUGUGCCUUUGCAGAGGGCAGGGGUUCCCCUCUAGGACUGGACGGGAGGGGCAGGUGGCAGGCACACCCAGGGUUCCGGACAAGCGUCCACCCCAUUGGCUUAUCCCCUGCUGUUUGGUAACGGACAUCCUCGUUUUAAUUCUACUUCUGGCUAAACUGAAAGUAAACUUAAGUGUAUCUAUUUCUCAAAGUCAAAAUAAACAUGGAAAUACCGGCCCCUGUAA